AAAUGGAAUGAAUGCUAACGUUUAGCCGAUAUUGGCCAUGGCAAGCACUACAAUGCUUGGUAAUCCAGAAAAUUAGUAAGAAGGAAGAACUACCGCUAUUUUAGGGCUUCGGCACUUUACUGCUCGGUACCGAGCCUGGACCGUGACAUCACCUGCAAGUCCAGCCUCAAGGUAUGCCUUUCUAUAGAUAUUCGUCUGAUGAUGGCUCAGAAUGGGGGUUGCUAUGCCCGAAAACUACUUGCGACCACCAGUGCCAUACAACUUGCACCCGCCUGAGCAGCGAAGACAUUGGAGACACAUACAUAGGACAUAGUGGUAGCAUUGCUGUGACCUUCAGCUAACGAGUGUUUCUGUACUUGAUUCUGAUAAUGCCGGACCCCAACAGCCCUGCAGAGAGCUUGAUCAAUGAUGCACCUAAAUGGAAACUCAUCUCUACCCGAGCUCGUCUAAACCUUUGGAAUUCAAUUCCGGCAAGAUGGAGAUUGCCUUCGACGUUAAAAAUACCAGAUACUAACCUUCAAUGCGUCGCCCUACACAGUGGAAUUCUUACGCCAAAGCAGAUAGAAGUGACCGAGCUGACGACAACGGAACUCAUUCUCCGGGUUCACGCUGCGAGUUUGACGGCUGUGGAGAUAACGGAAGCAUUUUGUGCGCGGGCAGCUAUUGCUCACCAGCUUGUCAAUUGUCUCACCGAAUUUUUCCCAGAGGAGGCGAUCGAAGCCGCCAAGGCAUUAGACGCCGAGUUCAGCAGGACUCGCAUCCUUGUAGGUCCUUUGCAUGGAAUCCCAAUCGCGAUAAAGGACACCUGGACUAUCAAAGGCAAGAGAGCAACGAACGGCUGCGCUGCUUGGUAUGACCGACCACCAGCAGAAGAGGAUGCUCCACUUAUUCAAGUUAUGAGAGAUUCUGGAGCUAUAAUAUUUGGUCGAACGACAAUGCCACAGACCGGCAUGGCUCUUGAGACAGUGAGUCCACUUUGGGGGCGCACUCUAAAUCCAUACAACAUAAAUUUUGGCUCUGGUGGUUCCUAUGGUGGAGAUGGUGCUCUGGUGGCUAUGUAUGGAGCCCCUUGCGCGCCAUUUAUUCGCAAUCCAGCUGCUUUCAAUGGACUCUAUGGUAUACGUCCGACCUCAGAUAGAACUCCUCGGACCGGAAUGGCUUCUCAAACUUCCGGCCAGAUCUCUAUCAAAGCAUCAGCCGGGUCGUGCUGUCGCAGCAUGAGUGACAUCAAGCUUCUCACGAAACUCAUCCUGACGCAUCCGACGGUCCCGUACGAGCACUCGUGUAUUCCUGGGUUUUGGAAUGAAGUGCCAUCAAAAUCGAAGCUUGCAGUAGGUGUUAUGUGGACAGAUGAUGUCGUGACUCCACAUCCACCGGUGACCCGUGCCUUGAAGGAGGUGGCUAGCAGGCUACAAGCUGCUGGGCACGAUAUUAUAGAUUUCAAACCACCAAUAGAUCUAUGGGAGGCUGCUAUUACCACAUGGACUCUUUACUUUCAAAACGGCGUAGACGAGACUAAGGCUGCUCUUUCAUCAACUGGAGAGCCUCUAAUUGCUCAAUUCCAGUAUAAUCUCGACGCAUUCAACGUGCGUAAGCAUACAGUUGCAGAAAUUCUCGAGUCCCACAAAAAGCAGGAUGCAUACAAGGCCAGUUUUAUAAAAAAGUGGAAUACAACAGCCAACGAAACUACGACUGGACAGCCAAUUGACUGUAUCAUUGCACCAUCUGCACCACUAGCAGGAUCUCCCCAUGAUUUCUGUCUCUGGUGGGGUUAUAUGACCAUUUGGAAUCUUUUGGAUUAUCCCUCUACUAUCAUGCCGUUGAAAGACUUCAAGAUCGACCCUGUCAAUGACGCAAGAGUUGCCGGCUACCAACCGCGCGAUAACCCAUUUGACAAGCCCAACUGGGAAAUAUAUACUCCUGGCCUAUGGAAAAAUCAGCCAAUGACUUUCCAAAUCGUUGGAAGAAACUGCAGAGACGAAGAGCUUAUAGCAGCGUCGGAAGUAAUUGACAGUGUUGUCAACAAGGGUCACACCCCUACAUAUUCCCAUGGAGGUCUAUAA